AUGUCCUCUGCAAUCAGCAAUGGAAACGAAGAAGACGUAUCGAACAACGUAUUUGGAUGCAACAUCUGUCUUGAAUUACCAAAAGAACCGAUCGUGACUCUAUGUGGUCAUUUGUUUUGUUGGCCUUGUCUUUACAAGUGGAUUCAUUUCCAUUCUCAAUCGAAUCAUUGUCCUGUUUGUAAAUCUUUGGUUAAGGAAGAUAGUUUGGUUCCUUUGUAUGGAAUGGGUAAACCAUGUUCAGAUCCAAGAACGAGGAAGCCUGUUCAUGGUGUUACGGUCCCUAAUCGACCAUCUGCAACUAGGGUUGAAACAGUGGCUCCUUGUCCUUCUCCUCGUCAUGGACAAAGACAGCAUCGGUCUAGUUUCUAUGGUGGGUAUUCAGGUUUUGCUUCGAUUCCAAGUGGUUCAAGGUUUGGGAACAUUUUAUUGUAA